GCGCUGCACAGGAAGCAAAACAAACGGGCUAGUUGGGCUAGCUGGACGUCGUUGUAAACCUAACACAAAAAUGUACGAAAAUCGACAAUAAUAACGACAGCUAACCGGCCGAGGAGUAAAAUGGAUUUGUUAUAAGGAUAUCGUCGAGGACUUUACAGUUCAGCCAUGAAUCUAAGAGGGCUGUUCCAGGAUUUCAACCCGAGUAAGUUCCUGAUCUACUCGUGCCUGCUGCUGUUCUCGGUGCUGCUGGCGUUGCGGCUGGACGGGGUCAUCCACUGGAGCUACUGGGCCGUGUUCACGCCGAUAUGGAUAUGGAAGCUCCUGGUGAUCAUCGGGGCCUCUGUAGGGACGGCCGUCUGGGCCCACAACCCCCAGUACAGGGCGGAGGGGGAGACGUGUGUGGAGUUCAAGGCCAUGCUGAUCGCCGUGGGUCUCCACGUGCUGCUGCUGAUGUUUGAGGUGCUGGUGUGCGACCGCGUGGCCCGGGGAGCCUACUUCUGGCUGCUCGUCUUCAUGCCGCUCUUCUUCGUCUCCCCCGUGUCCGUGGCCGCCUGCGUCUGGGGCUUCAGACACGACCGCUCCCUGGAGCUGGAGGUGCUCUGCUCGGUCAACAUCCUGCAGUUCAUCUUCAUCGCCCUCAAGCUGGACAAGAUCAUCAACUGGCCCUGGCUGGUGGUGUGUGUCCCCCUGUGGAUACUCAUGUCCUUCCUGUGCCUGGUGGUCCUCUACUACAUCAUCUGGUCCGUGCUCUUCCUGCGCUCCAUCGACAUCAUCGCCGAGCAACGCCGCACACACAUCACCAUGGCGAUCAGCUGGAUGACCAUUGUGGUGCCACUGCUCACCUUCGAGAUCCUGCUGGUCCACAAGCUGGACGGCCACAACAGCCUGAGCUUCGUGUGCGUCUUCGUCCCGCUCUGGCUCUCCCUGCUCACCCUCAUGGCCACCACCUUCGGACACAAGGGAGGCAACCACUGGUGGUUCGGAAUCCGCAAAGACUUCUGCCACUUCCUGCUGGAGCUCCUCCCCUUCCUGCGGGAGUACGGCAACGUGUCGUACGACCUCCAGCGGGGCAGCGAGGAUCUCGAGGAGGACGUGCCCGUCGCGCCGGAGCCGCCGGCGCCCAAGAUGGCGCCCAUCUUCCACAAGAAGACGGGCGUGGUCAUUACGCAAAGCCCCGGGAAGUACUUUGUCCCGCCGCCCAAGCUCUGCAUCGACAUGCCUGACUAGGGCGCCGAUCCAAAAUGGAGGACAGGAGUGUCGGUUUUUCCGACUGGUUGAGAACCUGAAGUGAGGGACACCUAUUAAACGGGAGCGUCAAGAACUAUAAGGAGUGUAAGGACUUACGUGCAUCCUAUACUUAUUGUACGUGGUUAUACUGAUCCGGAGCUGUUGGCGCUCAUUCCCCCGUCCUCGUGGACCUCUGGAAGAAACUUCCAGUAUCUUCUGUAACCAAUGGAUCCAGGACUCAACGAGGAAUAAAAGCCCCAUGAAAGCCCCAAAAAUGGCACUUUGUAAGAGGCCUCUUUUCCGAAGAGGGCUGUAGCUGUAAGAGAGUGUGUACAUACCAUAAUAAUCUGACCAGGGGACCACAGUGAGUUUAGUAAUGUGCCAACUGUAAACGUUACUUCAACAUUAUUAAUAUAUCGUUCAUGUUGUUAUUCUUUCCUUUCCCGAUAGUCCUGUGUGUCUGAGUAAACACCUCUGUCGUACCACCCACACACUGUCGCUCUGAUUUGCAGCCGAUAAAACAACAUGUGUGCGACAGUUGUUAUUUUCCUUUAACCCAGUCAGGUAAGUUAUAUUUUCAGUUAAAAUGUCACCCAACUUAUACUUUCCCAUUGUAAAUACACUGUACAUGUUACAACCCUUUGUUUUUUUAAACGUUAAUAAAGGCCUCGGUUACAAUUUGUUAAAAUCUGUAAUUGAAGACCAACUGCUAUGAAACUUUGCUUAAUAACGAGGCAAAUUAGUUUUAUACCUCAAUGAGGAGCACUAAGCACCAUUGUUGUAGAGGUCACUGAACAUAUGCCCCACCCACCCUCUUAGUAUUUUAACCUUUUUUACUUCAUGCCAUCUUUUUAUAUUCUGUGUCCACUCCACCGUGAGCCACGGUAACAAAAUAUCGUUUAAUAUGUGCACUGGUGCACUUAUUGAAUGACAAUAAAACAAGUCUAAGUCUAUAUAUGAACAUAUAUGAACAUGUAUUUGUUAUAUAUUGGCAGAUUAUUUAUUUUAUAUGGUUUGGCCGUAAUAACGGAAAUUUCAAAUCAAAUAUGGUAGUCAUUUUAUUUUAUACCUUAUACUUCAGAAAUGCUCAUAGCUCAGAUACAGAAAGGUACAUCAACUUUAGGGUAUUUGGAAAGUGGUUUGUACCAAAUUAAAUGAAUAUGAGCCAGAAAAGGCGCACAUUAAUUGUAUGCGGGAAUUGUCUGAAUGUAGGUCAGGCAGGCGAAAGGCAUAGGCCCUAUAGCUGGAAUGGAAGGAGGCCUGGGUUUAAUUCAUAAAGAUUUUUGUUUCCCUUCAACGAUAAUUUUACUUUGAAAUCUAAUGAUAUCAUUUCUUUUGUAUUGUCAAUUGUCAUAUAUAAUUUUCAUAUCAAUCCCCCAGCCACCGUAGGGAAGCAGAAUGAAUGGUUGCUCUUGAGAUCGGGUUUCAAGUCCCGUGGAUGUGCUUCAAUUGAAGCCUCUUUUUUUUCUCUAUCAUGUGCAUGGUAAAGUCAAGCCAAAAAUGCUCUGGUAGGCGUCUUGGUGGUGCAGCGGUAAGGGCUGUUGGUUAACGCUCUGUAGACUCUGGUUCGAGUCCCCGCUCACAAGGCUGUCAAGAACUGGGAAACCCCAAAAGGUCCCUCCUGCUCAGAACCAGGGUAUCAGUCCCCUGAUGGAGUAUACCAAUGGUUACAUCUUAUAUCUCUAUCAUGUGAAUGGUAAAGUCAAGUAUAACCUCCAAACACGUACUGGUAAGCGUCUGGGUGGUGCAGCGGUCAGGGCUGUCGGUUAAAGCUCUGUAGACUCAGGGUCGAGUCCCCGCACGCACGGCUAAUAAGAAUGAUGAGCUUUCAGACACGUUGUAGGUUCAGGUGCACUGCUCAGAACCAGGGAUUAAGAGGUACUGUAAUGGAUACAUCUUAUUUCUCUAUCAUGUGAAUGGUAAAGUCAAGUAGAACCUCCAAGCAUAUUCUGGUAAGCGUCUGGGUGGUGCAGCGGUCAGGGCUGUUGGUUAACACUCUAUAGACUCAGGUUUGAGUCCCCGCAUGCACGCAUGGCUAAUAAGAAUGUUGAGCAUUCAGACACUAUGAGACACAUACACGGCCACCAGAGGUACGUUAAUGGAAACAUCUUAUUUCUCUAUCAUGUGAAUGGUAAAGUCAAGUAUAACCUCCAAACAAGUUCUGGUAAGCGUCUUGGUGGUGAAGCGGUCAGGGCUGAUGGUUAAUGCUCUGUAGACUCAUGUUCGAGUCCCCGCACGCACGGCUAUUAAGAAUGAUGAGCUUCCAGACACUAUGUAGGUUCAGGUGCCCUGCUCUGAACCAGGGUUCAUGAGGUACAGUACCGGAUUCAUCUUAUUUCUCUAUCAUGUGAAUGGUAAAGUCAAGUAUAACCUCCAAAAAUAAUCUGAAAGGCGUCUUGGUGGUGAAGCGGUCAGGGCUGUUGGUUAACGUUCUGUAGACUCUGGUUCAAGUCCCUGCGGCAACCAGAGGUACCUUAAUGGAUAUGUCUUAUUUCUCUAUCAUGUGAAUGGUAAAGUCAAGUAUAACCUCCAAACAUGUUCUGGUAAGCGUCUUGGUGGUGCAGCGGUCAGGGCUGAUGGUUAACGGUUAGUUAACGCUCUGUAGACUAAGGUUUGAGUCCCCGCUCACACAGCCACCAGAGUUACCUUGGUGGCUGUAAAGUCAAGUAUGACCUUUGGAAAAGGUAAGCCACCAAGGUACCUUGGUGUGUAAAGUCAACUAUGACCACCACCAUGGCGUCUUGGUGGUGAAGCGGUCAGGGCUGUCGGUUAACGCUCUGAAGACUCUGGUUUGAGUCCCCGCAUGCACGCAUGGCUAAUAAGAAUGUUGAGCAUUCAGACACUAUGAGACACGGCCACCAGAGGUACGUUAAUG